UUGGUUGUCGGUGUGUAUGCGCGCGCAGGGCCCUCCUUGCAGCCGGGUGUGAGAGUAUGGUACUCCGCAGCAGCCCGUCGUGGUCGCGAUGUGGAGAGACAGUGCUCUCGCGACGCCGCUGCCACAACGUCGCCACACCACCGACGCGAAAGCGCGCUUCAAACUCUCGCCGUACACUACACUCGUAACUUAGCCCGAGUUUACUAA